AUGGCUUUAUCUUCAGUUGAGCUUUGUCCCAAGCCGUCAAUCUCUUUUGGACAAGUUAGUAUACCUAAAACGAGUAAGUUAAAAUCUCAAUCACAAUCUCGGAGAUCAGCUUCCAUUUUUGCAGCACCAGCUGUGAAUAAGGCGAUUAAAUCGGCGAAAACCAGCUCAAUUUUGGCUCAUUUUUGGAGGGAGAUUCAAGGGUUUAACAACUGGGAAAAUCUCGUUGAGCCCUUGCACUUUCUUCUUCGUCAAGAAAUUAUUCGCUAUGGUGAGUUUGUUGCUGCAUGUUACAAGGCUUUUGACCUCGAUGCAAAGUCGGAACGAUACUUGAGCUGCAAGUAUGGAAAGAAGAGCAUGUUUAGAGAAAUUGGCAUGGAAAAUUCAGGCUAUGAAAUCACAAAGUACAUCUAUGCAACUGCUGAUGUCACCAUCCCCAUCCACAAUAGCACUUCCUGCGGGCGUUGGAUCGGAUAUGUCGCCGUUUCCUCCGACGAAUCUGUUAGAAGGCUUGGUAGAAGAGAUAUUGUCAUUGCAUUUCGAGGCGCAGUGACGCACCUUGAAUGGGCAGCCAAUUUAAUGAGCUCAUUGACGCCGGCGAGGCUCGACCCUCACAAUCCGAGACCAGAAGUGAAGGUCGAAUCCGGAUUUAUGAGUUUGUACACUACAAAUGAAAACAAUAAGUUCGGUUUACGAAGUUGUCGUGAGCAGCUUUUCUCUGAAAUAUGGCGGCUUUUAAACAAGUACAAAGGCGAAGAAAUGAGCAUAACGUUAGCAGGUCACAGUAUGGGGAGUUCAUUAGCCCUUCUUCUCGCGUAUGAUGUCGCAGAAUCGGGUUUAAACUCAAUUAUCGAUAAUCAUUCAGAGAUUCCAGUGACGGUUUUUUCAUAUGCCGGACCCAGAGUGGGAAAUGCGGGAUUCAAACAAAGAUGCCAGCAGCUGGGAGUAAAAGUGUUAAGAAUUGUGAAUAGUAAUGACCCGAUAACAAAACUUCCGGGGUUUUUUUUUAAUGAAAAUUUUAGGGUUUUGGGAGGGACGACAUAUGAAUUUCCAUGGAGCUAUGCACACGUGGGAGUCGAAGUCGUUCUUGACUUCUUCAAUAUGCAAAACCCUUCGUGUGUCCACGAUUUGGAGGCACAUAUCAGCUUACUUAAAUGCCCAAAUCCUGUAGAAAUUCAAAGGGAAGGUGUAGGUUUAUUGAAAAAAGCAAGAGAGUGGCUCUUGAUGCUCAAAGUUUUAACAUGGUUAAAAUUUGUUGCGGAUAACAUGUUGAGUUCAUUGGUUCCUAUAAAUUCUUGA